AUGUCGAGCAAGGCAGAGCAGACGACACUGCACGGUGUUCACUGGGCGUUCGACAGCCGCCUGCCGCUGCUGCUCAGACUCGGCUGGAUCGUCGCCAUCCUCUCAUCCUGGUCCUACAUGCUCUACCUCACCUACAGUCGCGUCACCUACCUGUCCACCCACCCGAAGAAAACCAUCGUCGACGUGAACUACGACCCGCGAGGUUUAGAAUUCCCCGCCGUCACCAUCUGCGACAACAACCUCAUCAAGAAAUCCACGGCGCGACACCUGGCGGAGUACGAAGACCUGAAGCGAUUCCUCGCCGACUAUACCGCCUACAGAUGGAGCCACGGGGGCGAGAAUUUUCCGGCAGCCGACUACAACCUGUCGCAUCUGACGAUGAGCGAUCUGGCGCGGAUGAGUCAUCGCGGCCACGACUUCGUCGGCGGCUGUCAGUUCGCCAGCCGACGUUGUCGCGAUGAUCUUCUCUACACCAUGCGCACGUUCGGCCAUUGCUACACCUUCAACGCGCUGUUCCCCACCGAGCGACAAACAUAUAAAAGUGAUUGGUCGCCCGGACCGCCGCUGUACACGUCGCAGACGACUAGCAACCACGGACUCUCCAUGCUUCUGUGGGCCGACGAAGAAGAAUACUUCUACGGCUACCGUAGCGACACCGUCGGCUUUACUGUGGCGGUGCAUUCUCCACACACGAUGACAACGAUCGAUAACGCCGUCGUCAUCAGAAUCGCUCCCGGAUUUCUCACGAGCAUCGGACUGAGUUACAAGCGG